AGGAAGUUGGAGGCACAAAGGCAGAAGAGCGGGUGGACGAAAGCAUGAGGCAGCUCCUGGACAGCAGCUGGAAGAAAUUUGGACACGCUGACAGGGGGAACUACGACUGGCUGAACACUGAACCAGGUGGGCCACUUCUGGAAACAGAGCUCCAGAGUAGACAACAGAUAAGUUCAACCAAAGACGACAUAGAGCCAUUUCUGUGCAUCAUUUUGCCUGCCACCAUGAUGCUCUUCCUGGCAUUCCUGCUGCUCUUCCUGUACCGCCGCUGCCAGCGCCCCAUCCCACAAGGGCAGAUCUUCAGCAUUGACCUCCCUGAGGCCCUGCCUGAGCACGACAUGUCCAAUUUCUUUUCUGUGCUGCCUUGGAACAGCGAGCAGAGUUUUCAUUACUCCACUCUCCUCCCGGAUGCCACGUUUCUCUCCAUGUGCUUGCCUCCAUCCUACGAGGAGGCCACAACAAAGACUGCCCUGGGUGAGGCUCACAUUGAGCUCUCUCCAGACCCAGUGCCUCCUUACGAAGAGAGCACACAGCCAUCCAGCAGCACCAAAUAAGCUUCCUACGGAAGUACCUUAGCUGAAGCACGCUGCCCCUCAAGGCAUAAAUACAGAUCUGCUAUGGCCUUUAAAAUUAACACAAAUAAUCCUAAUGAGGCAAAAACCAAUGAACUGCGAAGCAGCAAACUUGAAGGAACAAGGAAUUAGAAUAUUCUAGAUCAAGGUGAAGAGUAUCUUCCACCUGUAGCAAGGCUAAACUUCAGUUCUAGACUGGUAAUGAGGAACUCUGAGAGAAUGGAGUAUGUUGUAUGAGGAUUAGAUUUACAGACAGAUGAGAAUCUGCCCAUCUGCAAUCCCAAAGAAAUGUAACAACACUGAUGGCUGGACUUGAUGAUCUUGAAGAUCUUUUCCAGCCUAGAUAACUCUAUGAUAAAUUAUACUACAGAUUUACCAGUUGCAAAAAGGGCUUUUAGCAUGAAACUAUGCCAGUUUGGCUUU